AUGAGAGGUGACACCAGCAGCGCCUUCUUCCACCACUUUCGAGCCGCUCAACACCUUCUCGAGCGUCGCCAGGUAUCUUGGCCGUCGUACUCGAAUUGCGGCUUCUCUUUCGCUCUCGAGGUGCAUUUGUAUCUUGCAGUCAUUGCCCAAAUCACGCCAGGGGCUCUCGGUGAGGCUAGGCUGAUCAGGUGCGAUGAAGAGAUGUUCUCGUUUCUCCCCCUGGUAGCACCAUCCAAUCUUAACUUGUUGGUCCCUGGCAGCCAGACACUCUUCAAACUAAUACCAAGAGUAACAACAACUGCACAAAAGGCCUCUCGGCAAGGCAGAUUCGAUCAUCUGGCGAUUGGAUGCAUGCUGAGCGACAUACUGGCGUGGAAGCCGCCCAUAGGCCGUCGUAAAGAAGACGAAAUAUCCAACGCAGUGGCUAUCAUGUACCGGCAAGCCCUGGUAAUGUACCUCGUGUUGUUGCAUAACGGAAACGUUAGCCACGAGUCCAUGGCGGACAAGCGCAUGUCAGACGCUCAGAGUGUCUUCUGGCAGCAUCUACGCAUGAUCCUCUGGAAUAGCCCCGUGCAUACGAUCUCGGUUCGGCCGCUCUUGGUCGCGGGAUCAUUUUUUGGCCGACAUGCGGAUCAACAAGCGUUGCUGCAGUUCCUUACAGAACAGCACUCACGAUUUUACGUUCUUCUGCCACUUACCAUCGGUCGACUUCUAAGACUGUUGUGGAGCAGCUCGGACUUAUAUGGGCCAUUUGGUCUCGAACAAGUUAUGCUAAUGCACAACAUCAACAUUGGAAUAGCAUGA